GGCGGUGAAGCCGCGAUGUCUUCGCCGUCGACCGCCUCACACUACUCAAUCCUUAUGCUCUCUCACCUAGCUCCAUGGCUUCCCCCUUUUCUCAGAUGCUCUAGUCUCUGGUGAAACGCAGUCGAGAUAUAAAGGCCUGCCUUGCGUUUCAUUCAACGAUGGGGAAAUCCAGAAGCUUUGCACCAAAUUCAGUAGGACCAUUGUUGGCUCCUUCACCUCUGGAUGGCCUUCAAUGUCCUCUGCCAGAUCUUCCUUUGAGAAGAUUGGUUUCUCCUCCACUCCGAAGGUAACCCUCCUUGAUUCCUCACAUAUUUUGAUCUCCUUUUCUACAGAAAAAGAUUUCCUACGAUGUCUUUUGAGAAAUCCCUAGAAGGCCUCCCUAUACAUUUAUUUGAGCCAAAUGCCUUGUUUUCCUUUGCUAAAUUGGUUGGCUCCCCUCUCCAAUUGGACUCGGCUACUUUAAAUCUUGCUCGACCUUCUGUUGCUAGAGUUUGCAUUGAAAUUGAUCUUACAAAGCCUAUACCACAUGCAGUCUGGAUUCAUCUAGGCCAAUCAUCAUUCCUUCAACCAAUUCACUAUGAGGACCUUCUUGAUUAUUGCACCUCUUGCAGGGUUUUUGGCCACAAAAACUGCAAAUCAGUAAAAAAAUUCUCUAGGUGGAUUAGGAGGGAGGAGAAAUUGAUUAAGAAAGGCUCUACUGCCCCUGCAGUCAAUCACACUGCUCUUGACAACAGAAUCUGCAAAGACUCAAAAGAAGACUCAAAAGAAGAAGAUGAGAAUGUGGAUGAUGAAAUCUAUCGGACUUUGAGAGCACACGAGACCCCCUUGGAGUCUUCGGAUGGCACUCAAAGACCAUGUCCCAAACAACUUACUGGUUGUUCUAACUUCCCUGUUUUUCCCAAAACUAUAGCAGCAAAUGAUGAUGCAUCUUUAUCCUCGGUUAUUUUUGGUAAUAUAACACAGAAUGACAUGUAUUUUCCUGAUACAAUCAAAGCUACUGCCACAGGUAUCAAUUCAGCCCCUAGAGAAUCUGUCUUACAAAAAACUCCUGAUAACUCUUCUGUUAAAGAUGUCCAGACCCAAUCUGUUAUUCACUCAUCACCUAUUGCACACGAAACUACCAUACAGGUAGGCUCGAAUGGCACUAGGGAAGAAAACUAUAUUGGGGAUGAUGACACUAAUUCUGACCCAAAGAAUUCUACCAUCAACAUCAACAGCUUUGACUCCUUAAUUGAGCAAUCCCCCAGUAAGGUUUUGAAUGAUAUACAGAUCAAUCAAGACCCCUAUGUUGAAGAUGCAGAACAGACGUCAAAUGCAAAAGAACUUGAGCCAAUUCAAAGAAAAGAAGACCGAACUAGAAGUGUCUCUAAACCUUUGACGAGAAAUUCCAAUCUCAAACGCGAGGAGGGAGUUCUUUCUUACGUUAAGGAUCCCUCCACCGGACAACUUCAAGCCAUGGUCACCACCAAGGGUUUCCACGGGCCGUGCAUGAUACUGGGUCGUCCAAGUGAACCCCGAGAAGAUGGAAUGAUAUCAAGAAUUGCAUUGCCCACAAAGUAUCCUCCAGACUAUAAAUGGGCAACUGAAACUGCGCACAAUGGAAUUGUAGUCUGGAUUUAAGUUUGAUCAUUACUUUAUUUUAUUUUGUUUCUCUCUUUGUUACCACUUUCGGGUAGCUUUUGUACUUGUACUUUUAUUGGCUUCCAUCUAAUAAAAAAUCCUCCUUUUA